CCACUCGGCCUAGGUUGCUCCUUGGACUGCCCGGAGGAGGGGCAAGCAACAGCAACUGACCUCUUGUUCGAGCGAGCCGAGCCGAGCUGAGCGCUGUACUCUGGCCUUUCUGCUGGCGGCGAGAGGUAAGGGAGGAGUCCGAGUGCUGCUGACGGAGAGGAAGAAGGCUUGAAAGGCUGAGGGGAAGGUGAGGCGGGCCUGAGCUUGGCCGGCUCCUGUUUCUGCUGUGGGAGAGUUGUCGGCGUAGGCGAUGGAGUCCCGCUUGGAUAUCACAGUAUGGAUUGCGCUGGUGAUUGGGGCAGCAUCAGUCCUAUUGCUGUUUUUUAAAGCAAUGGGCUCUCAAAAGAAGAGUAAUCCGGUUACCUUACAGGACCCAAACAUCAAGUAUCCAUUGUGUUUGAUAGAGAAAGAGGAGAUCACCCAUGAUACCAAGCGGUUUCGUUUUGGGCUUCCAUCAUCAGAACACAUAUUGGGCUUGCCUGUAGGUCAACACAUAUAUCUCUCUACCAAAGUUGCUGGCAACCUUGUGAUCCGGGCCUAUACUCCAGUUUCUAGUGAUGAAGUGAAAGGCUAUGUUGAUUUAAUUAUAAAGGUUUACUACAAAAAUGUUCACCCCAAGUUUCCAGAAGGUGGGAAGAUGUCUCAGCAUUUAGACAGCAUGACACCUGGUGAUACCAUAGACUUCAGAGGACCUAAUGGGCUCUUGGUCUAUAAUGGAUUAGGUAAAUUCACUAUCAAGCAGGAUAAGAAGUCUGAAGGAAAGAUGAAGUUUGCAAAACGUCUUGGAAUGAUAGCUGGGGGAACAGGGAUCACUCCAAUGCUUCAGCUGAUCCGGCACAUCACGAAGGACCCCAAGGACAACACGAAGUGUUACCUCCUUUUUGCCAACCAGACAGAGCAAGAUAUUCUGUUGAGACCAGAGCUUGAAGAUGUAGCUGCAAACCAUCCAGACCAGUUUACAUUCUGGUAUACUUUGGACAGACCUCCUCAAGGUUGGAAGUACAGCUCUGGUUUUGUUACUGCAGACAUGAUAAAGGAACAUCUCCCUGCCCCAAGCAAUGACACUCUGAUUCUGAUGUGCGGGCCUCCGCCUAUGAUUCAGUUUGCUUGUCAACCUAAUCUUGAAAAACUAGGGCAUGCUAAAGAGAGCACUUUUGCUUAUUGAAUGUGAAGUGGUAUUAAUCCCUCUGAUUAAAUGCUGUAAAUACACAGAA